AACAAAAAAAAACAUAAUAUGGAAGGGAAAAUUAGUCUUGUUUUUGUGACUUUUCUACUGAUUAAUGUAGCAUUUACAACAUAUGCCCAAACUUUAGUUCCACAAACAGCUGCAGAAAUUAACACCUGGUUUCAAACUGCUGUCAAACCAGUCGGCCAACAAACAACAUUGGAACCAAAUGUAAUAGAAGCUGAAAAUGGAGAGGUAGAAACCAUUGAAGUAAAGCAAGAUGGAACCGGAAAAUUUAAGACAAUAUCUGAUGCUGUUAAACAUGUUAAAGUAGGAAACCUAAAGCGCGUAAUAAUAAAAAUUGGUCCAGGAGAAUAUAGAGAAAAAGUUAAAGUCGAAAGAUAUCAGUCAUAUAUUACAUUUCUUGGAGAUCCAAAGAAUAUGCCGACAAUAACAUUUGCAGGAACUGCUCUUGAGUAUGGGACAGUCGAUAGUGCAACUCUAAUUGUUGAGGCUGAUUAUUUUGUUGCUGCAAAUAUAAUUAUUUCGAAUUCUGCCCCAAGGCCUGAUGGAAAAGCAAAAGGAGCACAAGCUGUUGCAAUGAGAAUCUCUGGCGACAAAGCUGCAUUCUAUAACUGUAAAUUUAUUGGAUUUCAAGACACUCUUUGCGAUGACAAGGGUAACCAUUUGUUUAAGGAUUGUUAUAUUGAGGGUACUGUUGAUUUUAUCUUUGGCGGAGCUACAUCACUUUAUUUGAAUUCUGAGAUUAAAGUGUUACCGGGAGAUGAUAUGGCGGUGAUAACUGCUCAUGCUAGGAAGAACGAACAAGAAGCCGGUGGAUACUCUUUUGUCCAUUGUAAAGUAACCGGAACAGGUGGUAAUACACACUUAGGCAGAGCUUGGUUUGAAGCAGCUCGAGUAAUUUUCGCUUAUUGUGACAUUAGUGAUGUUAUUAAACCCGAGGGAUGGUCCGACAACAACAAGCCUGAAGUUCAAAAAACGGUGUACUUUGGAGAGUUCAGCAACACAGGCCCAGGUGGAGCAGUGGACAAAAGAGUACCAUAUACAAAGAAGUUAACAGAAUCAGAGGCUAAGACAUUUAUGAGUCUUGAGUAUAUUGAUGCAGCUAAGUGGCUACUUCCAGCUCCUCAACUGUAAAUAUUACAUCUCGUAUAGCCAAAAGGGGUGAAAUGGAAUUCAAAAAUAAUUAUGAAAAUAAUGAGUUAUGUUUUUAAACAUAUGAGUCUAAAUAAUAUUGUUACAUUUUCUAUGAAAAUUCUCUAUAUAAAAGAGAUAUGUAGCAAUUUUAUUAGAGUAGAUGUUAGUACAAUUUGUAUUUUGAUUCAAGAAUAUUUAAAUGUUAGUCAAAAUAAUAUGAUUAGUUAGUCAAUUACAUAAACUAACAUUUUAUUUUGAAUGUAGUUUUAUCCUCUACACAAUGUGGGAGAGUUUUCAAAUUGUAAUUUCAAUUUC